AUGGAUAUAAAACGUCCCUAUGACGAAGGAACGAAACGACCCUACCAAGACGAGGUGAUACCGACCACGCAUGCAACUACUUUCAAGCAACCGCUUCUCCACAACGCCUACGCAUACCUCUGCAUUGCGCUUUUGUUCGUCAACUACUUCCUCGCGCAAUACGAUAAAUUCAUUCUAUCAUACUUCCAGACUUCUGUGUUAGCAGAUCUCUCGUUGAGCUCGACCCAAUAUGGCCUGCUCUCAGGCUACGCAACAGGCAUUGUCUACGCCAUACUCGCUCUCCCCAUCGCUUUCCUGUCAGACUAUACAUCUGCUCGCGUAUGGGUUCUGUCCGUUACAGCGGCAUGGUGGAGCUUAUGCGUCAUCUUCCAGUCUCUAGCAAACAACUUCGGACAGCUAUUCUGUGCAAGACUUGGAAUGGGUAUCGGACAGGCAAGUGUGGAGGCACUAUCCAUCAGUCUCAUCAGCGACCUGGUGGGAUGGAGAAACGUGUUCAUCGGAGAGAGUGUACUCUAUGUUGGAGUAUACAUUGGCGAAGCCAUCAGUGGCCAGAUUGCAACCGCGUUUACGGAAACCGGCACGAGUUGGCGCAUAGCUUUACGAGCAAUCGGUAUCACGGGAUGCGUUGUAGCGGUGCUAUUGAGACUCGUCCUACGGGAACCAAAGAGAAGAGAAAGCCUGGUUCAAAUGCACGCACGCCAUCACAGCAACAGCAUAGACGAGGAUUUCGCCGAUAUACCACCGCACAUCCAAGGUACAUCGAGGAUGAAAGCAGCAACGUCUGAUCUGCAUGCUACUUUUACGUACAUCCUCCGCAUGAACUCCUUCUGGCUCCUCGUUCUCUCCGCCGGCUUCCGUCAGUUGAGCGGCAACGUCUUCGGAUACUACAUGCCCAGCUAUCUCGGCGAUACAUAUCCUUCGCAUACCGAAAUUUUCUCACGUUACGGCAUCAUCGUCGGCGUCGUCGGGUCAGUCGCGGUACUCAGUGGCGGCAUCAUGACCUCGGUACUAUGGCCACGUACGAAACUAACGCCUGUCUAUCUGACCGGCAUUGGAGGCAUGAUCAGCUCGCUUUUCGUUCUCCUCAUGAUCUUCUCGCGCGAUAUUGCCAAUGGUUCGGAAGACCGAGGCAUCAAGAUUCUCUACGGCGUGAUGAGUCUUGCUUAUCUCACUGCAGAACUCUGGCUGGGCUGUCUUUUCGCGCUCAUUGCGCUGCUUCUUCCUCCGCGUUAUAAGACAUUUGGACUUGCUAUCUGGGGUAGUGUGCAAGUUCUGAUUUACUCUUCAGGGCCUCAGAUCAUUGGCCUGUCGCUGAUGGAUGAGGAGACAACGAGUGAAAGCUACAGAAGGGUUGAGUCGUAG